GAAUACAAUUAAGAUGCGUCUUUCAAAAUGUCUCAUUUGUUGUAUUAUUGGUCUAUUUUGUUUGUAUUUGAAACCGGUACAGGCAAAUAACAAAGCAAUAUUCGCGACAACUGAAGCUGACAAUGAAAUGUUUUACUCACUCUUAAAACGGAUAGAACUUCUUGAACGCAGGAAUGGGGAAACGGAGAAGAAAAUGGAACAACUGGCACACGAUUUUGAAACAAAGGAAAGGUUACUGACGGAUCGAAUUGCUGAACUGGAAAAAAUAAAUGACUUAAGAAACAGUGAUGAUAACGAUAACUCCAACGUUCCAGACAAACGUCAUGACAUGCUACAAGAUGAUGAACAAGACAAGGGCGGAAACAUCGAAGAAAAACCUGAGCCGAAACAAACUCGCAUAAACAAGUUAGGUUCGAUACAACGACGUGCUACUGUUGAGUCAGAAGCGGCUUUCUUUGCGACGGUCACACCGCAUGAUGUAGACCAUUUAGGUCAGAAUCAGAACAUCGUCUUUGAUAACGCAGUAACCAACAUCGGCAAUGCUUAUCAUACUAACCAUGGAAUAUUCACAGCCCCUGCGGACGGCACGUAUGUAUUUUGUGCUACUGUUGCUGGACGCCAGUAUGCGGGUCAACAAGAUUACUAUGCACAUUUUGACGUAAAUGGUAGAGUCCUCGCUAGAUUCAUCACACACCCUCAAGAGCAAUCAACGCAAACGAUUGUUGUUCAGCUUCAAGCGGGCGAUGAUGUCUCUAUCAAAAACGACAGAGCAGACGAUGGAAUUCUUGGAGACAAAUACUCUUCAUUUGCCGGAUUCUUGCUUUUUCAGAACUUCGAUUCUUCCACAAAUAUUCUUGGAAAAUAAAAUGUUACAACAUUUAAUGUUCUCUGUAUUACCUGUGUUUAUUCAUAAUUUGCAUUUGUGGACAGCCAAACACAUAAUAUGUCGAUCUUUGUACUUGCCGCUUUUGUUAUCGUCCAGUAUUCAAAUUAAAAC